AUGACUACCCCUACACUGUUUGGCUUAUCACACGAUUGUCUCCGACGCAUUCUUGGUUUUCUUAAUCCUCCGAGUGCGCUGGAACUGUGCGUAGCGUACGGACGACCCGAAAUGAUGGGUUGGUUUUACGAAGACGGAGGAGUGUACACAUACGACGGGACAGAUCAUUUUCUACCCCCUAGACAUAUUAAACAUUUGCGCUAUACUGGCGUAUCACCGAACGUCGACGAAUUGGCUGCAUACACCAGUCUGCACACACUCAAGCUGAAGGAUACCAAGGUAACGAACGUUGACGCCCUAGCUGCGUGCACUAGCUUGCACACACUCGACCUAAACUAUACCCAGGUGACGAACGUUGACGCCCUAGCUGCGUGCACUAGCUUACACACACUCAGGCUGAAGUAUACCAAGAUAACGAACGUUGACGCCCUAGCUGCGUGCACUAGCUUGCACACACUCGACUUAAACUAUACCCAGGUGACGAACGUUGACGCCCUGGCCGCGUGUACCAGCCUGCACACACUUAUCCUGUACUCGACCGCGAUGACAAACGUCGACGCCCUGGCUGCGUGCACUAGCCUGCACACACUCAACCUAAACUAUACCCAGGUGACGAACGUUGACGCCCUAGCUGCGUGCACUAGCUUGCACACACUCGACCUAAACUAUACCCAGGUGACGAACGUUGACGCCCUGGCCGCGUGCACUAGCCUGCACACACUCAACCUAAACGAUACCCAGGUGACGAACGUUGACGCCCUAGCUGCGUGCACUAGCUUACACACACUCAGGCUGAACAAUCCCGAUGUAACGAACGUUGACGCCCUAGCUGCGUGCACUAGCUUACACACACUCGACCUGAGUGAUACCCAGGUGACAAACGUCGACGCCCUGGCUGCAUGUACCAGCCUGCACACACUUGACCUGAGUGAUACCGGGGUAACAAAUGUUGACGCCCUGGCUGCAUGUACCAGCCUGCACACACUUGACCUAGAGUGA